UGGUUAUAUAAUUUUUGUCUAAAACUUUCCCUUGUUAACUUCCUACAACUACCUGUAAUGUCUCUAUCUGUCUGGAGACUUCAAGAGAGAAGACAAACUCAAUAUUGAUUCUCCUUUUCUCUACCAAUAAAUACUGAGAAAAUUAUGGGAAUUGACUUUGGAAAUUUUGGAAUAAUGUCAAUCCAAUAACUUAUGGACCUGUUUUUUAUUGGUGGAAUUAAAGAAAAUAAAUUUGGUGAAAUACAUUGACAGACUCUUAAACUUGCCAUUAUAAUUCAUUUAGACACUCAGAACUAUCCUACACUUCCGGUUCAAAUUUUAGAGAAGUCUCAACAUGUGUUUUCCAGUGCCUAGAUAAAUUAACUGCAUAAAAUAUGUCACCUCUUUCAAUUAUACGCAUUAGCUUUAAUAAGCCGUAAAACCCCAUGCUUGAUUCUUAUUUUCUCUACCACUACUGAGAAAAAGAUGGCAAGAGACUUUGGAAAAUUUGGAAUAAUGUCAACCCAAUAACUUGAGAACAUGUUUAUAUUGGUUGAAUAAAAGAAAAUAUUCACUUAGUUUGAAAAGUCUUCAAUGGCUAGUCAAUAGUCGGUGAUGUCUUUCAUCUUGCAAGUCUUGAGAUCCCACUUUUGUCAGCCCUCCUUUUUGAUUCUUUCCUAAAGUAGCCAGAGGUAUAAAAUUCCAAGUCAAGGGAUAGGAUAUACAUACAAAUAUGUGAUGCAGGAAAAGAACAAGAAUAGAAAUUAUACAUAAAUGCAGAAAAACUAACUUGUACUAUUGAUUUUGCAUAGAUCUUAUGACAAUUUAUUGCUAGUACCUGAAUUCAGAAUGGUGGAAUUAAAUUAUUUGUCAGUUUUCUUGAUUUUCUAUCAGUUGCUUAUCUUUCAUUCAGCUCAAGCUCAGAACCAAUCCCAAAAUAGUAGCUGCCCCAAGGAAUUCAACUGUGGGAUCCUAGGAAACGUAGGUUUUCCUUUCUCCUUAUCCUCACAACCUGCUUGUGGGUUGUCCACCAUAGAUUGCAAUAUUAUGCCAUAUCCAAAUGUUCAUUUGGGAGGAAAUGUUUACAGUGCUCGGGAACAUCGGCAGUUUAAUGAAGGUUUUCGAGUUUUAGACCGUAGGCUUAAGGACUUAUUGGCAAAGAACAGUUGUCAAUCUUUUGAUCGAAGUAUAUGGUUUUCAAGUUCUCCUUCUGUCUCGUUUAGAAUCGUUGAACCCAGACUUACCUUGUUCAGAUGCAACGACGGUCUAGACAUCAACAGUAGCACGAAUGAUCAACAUUUUCGCGACUAUCAGAACUAUACUAAAUGUAAUGGCUUCAGCAUAUACUACAAGUAUCCGAGUAGAGAACAGGAAGAUUCCUGGGAUGCACCAGAGGAAGAUAUUCUGGAUAACUGCUCGCUGGUUCAUUUGCCAGUUACUUGGAAGGCACGGUCUCAAAAUAGUAGCUUGUUUGAUGGCUUAACUGCGAAUUUUACAAUUCGGUGGAGCUUGUCUGAUGAUUGUAGUAGAUGUUACUAUGAUGGAGGUCGAUGUUUAACUGACCGCAACAACAAAUUUCUUUGUUCCUCUAAUCCCACAGCAAAAAGAAAAUCAGGACGAACUCUAGUUAUAGCCUUACCUGUAGUGAUUGGCUUGACCCUUUCAAUUUGCCUUGGUAUUGUUAUCUGGCGUUUCAAGAAAGGAAAAGGCAGUCGUUCUCACUCUUUCACAAGAAAUACAUAUUCUGCUCGAAAAGAUCUUGAAGGGGGUAGCAAGUACUUUGGGGUCCCCGUCUUCUCCUACUCUACUCUUCAAGAAGCCACCAAUAAUUUCGAUUCCUCCAGAGAGAUUGGAGAUGGAGGUUUUGGAACUGUUUACUAUGGUAAACUUCGUGAUGGGAGAGAAGUUGCAGUGAAACGCCUAUACGAGCAAAAUUCCAAGAGGAUGGUGCAAUUUAAGAACGAAAUUGAAAUUCUUACUCUCUUAAGGCAUCAAAAUCUUGUUAUGCUUUACGGUUGCACCUCGAGGCAUAGUCGUGAACUCCUCCUGGUUUAUGAAUACAUCCCGAAUGGAACAGUUGCUGAUCACCUGCAUGGCCAGAAAGCAAAGAACAGAACCCUUAUAUGGCCUAUCCGCAUGAAAAUUGCCAUAGAAACUGCUAGCGCUUUAGCUUAUCUCCACGCUUCUGACAUAAUACACCGCGAUAUUAAGACUUGUAACAUUCUUCUUGACAACAACUUCUGUGUCAAAGUUGCAGAUUUUGGGCUCUCGAGACUUUUUCCAAAUGAUGUAACUCAUAUAUCAACUGCACCUCAGGGGACACCUGGAUAUGUUGAUCCAGAUUACCAUGCAUGCUUUCAGCUAACUAGUAAAAGUGAUGUGUAUAGUUUUGGAGUUGUGCUUAUUGAGAUCAUAUCAUCAUUGCUUGCUGUGGAUAUAAGAAGGCAUAGGGAUGAAAUCAGUUUGGCUAACUUUGCAAUAAGCAAGAUUUUGAAAUGUGAAUUCGAGGAGUUGAUCGAUCCAUCUCUUGGUUACGAGUCCGAUCCUGAAGUUAGGAGAAUGACUACUUCAGUUGCAGAGCUAGCUUUUCGAUGUCUCCAACUUGAAAAGGAGAUGAGGCCAACAAUGGAUGAAGUGUUAGAAAUUCUAAAGGCAAUUCAGAGGGGAGAGUUUGAAAACCAGAAGGAAGUGGAGAUUAACAUCAUUGAUAAUGAAUCAGAAGAUGAUGCACAAUUGAUGAAAUCUAAAUUACCUGUUUCACCGAAUUCUGUGAAUGAUAAGUGGUUUAGCUGCUCUGCCACAGCUAGUAUUAGCGGGUAAAAUUCCUUAGAUGUUAAUGAGAACUUCAUUAAUUUUCAACUUUCACUCUCUUCUCAUU